AAAAUAUACUGUCUGUUUUUGUACAAAUAAAAUACGAAACAGUGCACCGAUAACGACGUUUUGGCAGUAAAUCACGAUAUUAGCUUGUUUGCUACACCAUCAUACGUGACAGAAGUAGCGAGCUAGCUAAGUGUCCCAGUAGCGGCUAGCGAUGUUAAACAGCUGGGCUAAAUGCUAGCAAACAUGCUACAGUCCGCUUCAGGCUGAAUUAGUUCUGAGCUCUACACACCACUGCAGCUCCUCUUACACCGCGGAGCAGGGAGCUGCUGCACAUUGCGAGAUGUCCAGACAGAGUACUCUCACUGCAGCAGUGGCAACCUUGCUAGGAGCCACGCUUGGAGGAUUGUUCCUGUGGCGUAGUAUAUAUGCACAGAAGAGAAAAGCUCUCAAAAUCCCAAAGGACACUUGUCCGUUGCCCGUGGAGCAACUCGGACCUCUGGAAUUGAGCAGCACUGCUGUUCAGCAUCCACAACAAGAGCUCACACCACCAUCACUAGCACAAACUCCCAAAUAUCUUUCAUUACCAUCUGUUGAGAAGUUACUGGAGGUGCCAGCGGUGGUGGUGAGCUCAUCAGAAGAGUUUGAAGAACACUGGCCCUUGCUCCAGAAGGACCUGUCUGUCUUUCCCGUCCUGGGUUUAGACUGUGAAUGGGUAAAGAGCAUGCGUGUGUCCAUCAAAGGCAAAGCAUGUGCGGUGUCUUUGCUCCAAAUGGCUACGUACUCAGGCCGCUGUAUGCUGGUCAGACUGCUGGCGUUCCGCGAUGCCCAGCUGCCUCUUCCCAAAGGCCUGCUGCAGGUGCUCAGAGAUUCUCACGUGCUGAAGGUCGGCGUUGGCUGUUAUGAAGACGGCAAGCGCCUGGUCAGUGACCACAGCCUGGCCCUUGUGUGCACAGUGGACUUGCGCUACUUGGCGCUUAGACAAAGGCAUGCAGUGCUGAAUAAUGGGCUGAGUUUAAAGUCCCUGGCUGCAGACCUGCUCAAUGUCACCCUGGAUAAAUCACUGGAGCUGCGCUGUAGUAACUGGGAAGCUGAAAACCUGACUCAGGAGCAGAUGUCGUAUGCAGCGCGUGAUGCCCAGGUCUCAGUCUCUCUGUUUCUCUACCUGCUGGGACUCUACUCUGAGUCGUGCCUGCUGAGCGAGGACGAGACUGCCUUCUCGAAGCUGGCUAGCCACUGCCAGGGCCUGGUGGAUGUGCCCUUCAGGUGGCGCAGUGAAGGGGAUGAAGGGGAACGCAGGCGCCGGUGCCGCAGGUCUACUGUAGACAGUCCUGAGUCUGGUGAUCAGCAAGUACCAGACCCACGCAGGAACAAGCGGAAACCACUUGGCGUUGGAUAUUCAGCCAGGAAAUCCCCCUUGUAUGAUAACUGCUUCCUUCAUGCACCUGAUGGCCAGCCGCUCUGCACAUGUGACAAGAAAAAGGCAAAGUGGUACCUUGACAAAGGAAUAGGAGAGCUGGUCAGUGAGGAUCCCUUCAUCGUACGUUUGCUGUUUGAGCCCUCGGGUCGCCCUGACUCUCAGAAGGACUAUUACCUCACAGCCAAAGAAAAUCUCUGUGUGGUGUGUGGAAAAGCUGAGUCCUACAUCAGAAAGAACAUCGUUCCACAUGAGUACAGGCGCCACUUCCCUGCUGAGAUGAAGGACCACAACUCGCAUGACAUCCUGCUGCUGUGCACUUCCUGUCACGCAGCGUCUAACGUGUAUGACGGUUUCCUAAAGCAGCAGCUGGCAGACGAGUUCUCUGCCCCACAGGGCUGUGAGGAGGGUGUAAGGAUGCUGGAGGACUCGGAUCGACGGCGUGUGCGAUCAGCCGCUCGUGCCCUUCUCAGUGCCAAUGACAGCAUGCCCGCUUCCAGACGAGAAGAGCUCCUGUCAGUUGUUCAUGCUUAUUUCUGCAAGGAAGGAGAGGAGAGGGAAGUCACAGAGGGAAUGCUGAACACAGCUGCCAACCUGGAGACUAGGAUCUUUAAUGAGAGCUACGUGCCACAUGGGCUGAAGGUGGUACAGGCAUACGCUGAGCGAGGACUGCGCGGUCUGAUUGAGUUGGAGCGACGCUGGCGUCAGCACUUCCUGUCCUGCAUGCAGCCCAAAUUCCUACCUCCACUGUGGUCUGUCGACCAUAACCAUGAGAAAUACCUGCGCAAGUAUGGAGAGAACCUGCUCAUUAAUCUGACCUGAGCACACAUUCCACAGAGGUAGGCAGAGGCAGUUUGAGCAAGACCCAGACGGCUUAAUCCCGAACCCGUGUUGGUGUGUCAGUGUAUUUCUAAGAGAUGAACUUGUCCUGAUCUGAUAUUGACUCCUAUAUGAAGUGAGCCUAACACGUGUUCUAAGACUGUAGAUGAACUGGGAGAGACCAACCACAGGCUCUUGAUUGUGGGCUCACUGUGAUGAGUUAAAAGGGAUGAUGAGAGUAAAAAAGGUGCAGGAACUAAAAUGAUGAAACACAUUGUAUGUACGACAUAAAGUGGGAGAACAGUUCUCAGCUUUCCAUAAAAUGAAACUUGUAUAUUUUUAACAGCCCAAACCUGCUCUUGAUUUCUUAAAAUAAAAAAAAAAUAUAAAAUAUAUAUAUGUAUAGGUUAAAAUUGUUGCAGGUUUGAGGUCCUAUUAAAUAUUUUGUAUAAUUGUGUGGUAAAUCUAGGGUUUUGCAAUAUGGGGCUGUUGACAGUAUUUAUUUUUUACGUGUUUUCACUCCUCAUAUUUCUAUAAUUGCGAUUAUGCUCUUCAGCGUAUGUUGGUCUUUUAUGAUGGACUUGACAUGACUGUAAACUUUACACCUUAAAAUGAUUAACUCAUUUCCGUUUGUUAGAACUUUUUAGCCUCUGAGACAUGAACAUUUAUUUAUUUAGCAUAUGUUUGGGGAGGAUGUGGACACCUUGUUUCUGUACGUUUUCCAAAUUUCCAAACAUCAGUCAGGACACCUCAAUGUGUACGUUUAGUGCACCUUUUCCCCCUGACUGCCUUGAUUUGGUGUAUAGCUCAUGACAGUAACAUUGAGUGGCAUCUAAAGUUCACCCUUUAACAACCUGAGAGACAGCUCCAUUAGCAAUAAUGAGUAAUUAUAAUUAUAAUGGUCUUUGCAAAUGAGAUUUCCACAUUUGAGCAUGCAGAAUUUAAUUAAAGAAACUACAGCUUUUUUCUUUUAUUUACAUUUGUCCAGAUGUAACCUCAUAAAAGCUGUUAUGUUUCCUUAAAUUGUUAUUAAAAUAUAUAUUUAAUGUUAA